ACCAUGUUCUCCCGGAAGAAGCGUGAGUUGAUGAAGACCCCCUCCAUCUCCAAGAAGAGCCGCGCAGGGAGCCCCAUCCCGCAGACUUUGCCGGUAAGUGCGGUGGGGAGGGAAGGAUGGGAUGGCAGGAGGGAUGCGAGGAGGAAGGAAAUGAGGAAGGACUCCACCGACGGGGCCGGGGGGACUUUGCUCCAGAUGAAGGGGAUGCAGCAACAGCCGAAGGAUCCGGCACGCAGGGCUGGGGCUGCAGCAGAACAUGGAGAGGUGGUGGAGGGACCGAGAGACCCCGACUGCUCAGGGGCAGGAGCAGGGGAAGUGAGGCUUGGCCAGCCCCACACCACGGCUCUGUUAUGGGUUUAUUUACUCAUCGGUGACCCGGAGUGUAAGAGGAAGCGCUUCUCCUCUGUGGGGCGGCCAGCAGACGGGGUUCCUCAGCCCGCCCCGCGCCUGCGCUGCUCCCCAACCCACGGGACGGGGCCACCGGCCUCAGCCCGCCCGCAGCUCCUCGCAGGGUCACCCAUCCCCAUCCUCAUCCCCACCUCUUCCCCACGGUUCUCCCCGGCUGAGGGGUCUAUGGGUGGGCGCAGCCUGCAGGCGCUGGGAUGCUCGGCCGGGCGGCGGGGCGGAACAGCUACAGCCCCUACGCUGCCGGGCGCCGCAGGACGGGGACGGUCAACUCUCCAAAGCUCUCCCUGGAUUCGCUGCCCCGCUCGCCCUCCGUGCGGCUGACGGAUCUGUCCCGCAAGGACUGCCUGGAAGCUCCCAGUUCUGGGGAGCUGCCCCCCACCAGCUCCAAACUCAGCAGCAGUCCCAGCGCUGUGGGCACCCUGAAACGCCCCACCAGCCUCAGCCGCCAUGCCAGCGCCGCCGGCUUCCCUCUCACUGCUGCCAACCCCAGGGCUGUCCCUAAGGGUCACAAGACCCCCACAUCCUACAGCCCCAUGGAGGGUGGGGAGGGUCUUUUCAUCGAUGUGGAGGACAUCUCCCAGCUGCUGACCGAUGUGGCGCGGUUCGCGGAUGCCCUGGAGAACCUGCGGGACGUGGUGCUGCGUGAUGACCCCAAGGAGUCCCAGCGGCCACAGGCUCACGAGUGUCUGGGCGAAACUCUGCGGGUGCUGCGCCAGGUGAUCAACAAAUACCCACUGCUCAACACUCUGGAGACACUGACAGCAGCAGGGACCCUCAUAUCCAAAGUGAAGGGCUUCCAUUAUGAAUCCAACAACGAGACAGACAAGAGGGAGUUUGAGAAAGCUGUGGAAACCAUCGCGGUGUCCUUCAGCAGCACCGUCUCUGAGUUCCUCAUGGGGGAGGUGGACAGCAGCACCAUCCUCUCCAUCCCACCCAGUGAUCAGAAUCAGUCUAUGGAGAGCCUCUAUGGGGGGAUUCCUGGGCCUGGAGGGGAUGGUGUGCUCUCGGGCAUGGAGAGCUAUGACACAGUCCGUCCGGCGGCUGAGGAGGUGGAUGUGAUGCUGCAGCGCUGUGAGGGAGGUGUGGAUGCUGCCCUGCAGUAUGCCAAGAACAUCUCCAAGUACAUGAAAGACCUCAUCGGGUACCUGGAGAAAAGGACAGCGCUGGAAAUGGAGUUUGGCUCAGCCCUCACCCUGGUUCUCCUCCUUUGGCAGCAAGACGCAGAGGUGAACCUGCGGAAGGCCAAGCAGGUGUACAUGCAGCGCAGCGAGGAGCACGAAAAGGCCAAAUAUAUGGCAGUGAGAGCAGAGGAGGAGCAGCAGAGCACCGCCAGCAACGUCACCACCAAAACCCUGGACAAGAAGAGGCGGCUGGAAGAGGAGGCCAAGAACAAGGCAGAAGAGGCCAUGGCCACCUACCGGACCCUCGUGGCAGAUGCCAACACGCAGAAGCAGGAGCUGGAGGACACCAAGGUGAACUCCCUGAGACAGAUCCACGAGCUGAUCAAACAGAGCGACCAGGUCAUCAAACUGGCCACCAUCGCCUUCUAUCAGAUCAUGCACAUGCAGACAGCGCCGCUGCCCGUUUAUUUCCAAACUCUGUGUGAGAGCAGCAAGCUGUACGACCCCGGGCAGCAAUACGCCUCCCAUGUCAAGCAGCUGCAGCGAGGGGAUGAACCCGACACGCAGUACGACUUCGAGCCCUACGUGUCCCACAACGCCUGGUCCCCCUUCACCCGCACACGGAAGGGCAGCUUCAACGCCAGCGACUUCUCCACGAGUGGUGGCUCUGAUGGGGCUGGGCUGCCCAGGGAUGGGAGCAGCACAGAUGGACCCAGAGAGACCCAGGGUGGGACGCUGGCAGAGCGCAGAGCAGGGAGGGGACACCAGGUGCACAAAUCCUGGCCGACCACCUCCGAAGCUGACAGCAGCCUGGAUUCCAGCACAGGAGAGUUCAGCCACAAACUGCAACGCUUGUCAUCCAAUGGCACCAUGUCCUCCAGCGAGGAGCUGGGAGAGAAGGAUGAGAACGCUGCAUCCUUUGAGCAGAGCAUCAAUGGGAUCACCCCAGAGAUGGCAGCACCCACGGGACCCUUCCGGAACGUGGGUUUGUCCAGGGCAGCCCAGACCCACCGGCUGAGGAAGCUGCGGACCCCCUCCAAAUGCAGGGAAUGUAACAGCUACGUGUAUUUCCAGGGGGCAGAAUGUGAGGAGUGCUACCUGGCGUGCCACAAGAAGUGCUUGGAGACCUUGGCCAUCCAAUGUGGGCACAAGAAGCUCCAGGGGAAGCUGCAGCUUUUUGGGCAGGACUUCCUGAAGGCGUCUCAGGGCAGCGCUGAUGGCAUCCCCUUCAUCGUCAAGAAGUGCAUCUCUGAGAUUGAGAAGCGGGCGCUGAAAACCAAGGGCAUCUACAGGGUGAACGGUGUGAAGACCCGCGUGGAGAAACUCUGCCAGGCCUUUGAGAACGGGAAGGAGCUGGUGGAGCUUUCCCAGGCAUCCCCACACGACAUCAGCAACGUGCUGAAGCUCUACCUGAGACAGCUGCCCGAACCCAUCGUGCCGUUCCGGAUGUACAACGCGCUGAUGGGAGCAGCCAAGGAGAGCCUGCAGGGAGGCACUGAAGCCAAAGGGAGGAGUGGGAAAGGGGGUCCGGAGCUGGUAGACAAAGGAGCCGACACCGACCGAGUGGUGGUGAACCUGGUGCUGAAACUGAAGGAGCUGCUGAAGGAACUCCCGUGGGAAAACAGAGCCACGCUGCAGUACCUCCUGGAGCACCUGAGGAGGAUCGUGGAGGUGGAGCAGGACAACAAGAUGACCUCCAGCAAUCUGGGCAUCGUCUUCGGGCCGACGUUGCUGCGGCCACGACCCACGGAUGCCACCAUCUCUCUGUCCUCGCUGGUGGAUUACCCCCACCAGGCACGCGUCAUCGAGGCGCUCAUCAUCUUCUACCCCACCGUCUUUGAGGACAAGGACAGCACGCUGACUGCUGACGACAGUGAAUUCACCCCGGACGAGCCCACGGCCGCUCCGUGCCCACAGCCCCCGGGGAAGGGCGACCUGGGGUACAACGUGGGAGCUUUUGGGGAGCCCAGCGAGAGGUCGGUGGAUUCUGACUCAGAACUGGAGGACGGCGGGGAGCCGGGGGGCAGCGGGCAGCUGAGAAAACAGGAGAGUGAAACGAGCACGGAUGAAGCUCCGUUCUACGAGGAGGGCAGCGAGGGGCAGCGCAGCCGCACGUGCAGCACCGGGCAGUCGGACACCGAGGGCUCUGCGCUGCGCUGCACUGCAGGAGAGCACAGCGACCCCGAAGAGGAGCCUGAGAGCAUUGCCACCGCUGCAGCUCAGCAGUGAGAGCAGCCCCAGGCAGUGAUGGCUCAGCUGAUGAAGCUCGAGUUGCUGCUUGUGCACAACGACGGGCAUUUUGAUGUUCGGCCCUCCCCGCGUUGCACGGUCUCAGGGUUUUUUGGAUGUGUGUUUGAUCUCCAAAAUCUAUGCUGUGAGGGCAGCGGGGGGAGAUGCAGGAUGCCUGAACCAAGCUAGCAGCCCUCUCCACCGUGAGCUUUUUGGCUUUUUGUUUUGUUUUGUAUAAGGUAACCCUUCAAUGCAAACCCACUACCUCUGCUGGCAACGGAACUCGAAGGGUUAAAGAGGACCAAAGUGGUUUUUAAAGUUAUGAAACUUUUCUGCACUGAAGCAUAGAAAAAAAAAAAAAAAAAAGAGCUUAGAAAGAGCUGAAAGCUGCUUUCCUUCCACCACUCUGCUCAUAUCCACACUGCUCCCCACUGCCUUCAGAGGCCAGGAGCCCAAUAGGUCCAAAGAAACUGCACGUAUCCGAAGCUGUUCUCUAAUACUCAGACCAUUCCUCAGUGAAAUGCUGGGUACUCCCUCACCUCUUGUGCCACCUCCUCCUGUCUCAGUCCUCUGCUGCAGGCAGGGAGGGCAUCCAUGCAGACCAGGCAGCAAAGGGAGAGCUGGGACUGCUUUCCAGCCAAGGAAGCCGAGCAGAGCGGCGUCCCAGCUGGAGAUGCACUGAACUGGAAGGAUUAACAGAGCUCAUUAAUGGAGGAUGAGGUGAUGGAGAGGAGGUGGGAUCCCUUUGGAGGAUCAUCUCCACCAGGAAGAGCGGGCUGCUAACGGCCACAGCUCUCAGACAAAUCAGAAAAGCAUCUCAACACAAGAGAUAAAAAGGUACACGAAACCAAAGUUCCAUUUACAGCCAACUGGUUUGUAACUGAGCCAAAGGAGAGCUCCAGAUACCUGGGGGCACAUCUGCUCCAGAGCUCUUCGCCACGACGCCGCUGGAUCCUUCCAGCACAUCAUUCUCAUGGCAGCAGGAAAAUGAAGCUGAGUGCCACCUGUUGCUACCAGAACUGCUACUGCAGCGGUACCACGAGUGCGUGCGAGGAUGGAUGAUGGUGAAUGAGAGUGAAGGAAGGGACAAAAGCAAUGCUUGAGCUUCACAUGGUACCGAGCGCCCUUCUAUUUGUAUAUAAAGUCAGCAUGGAGAAAGGAAAAAUGUUCUUUUGUGACAAUGCCUGUGCUGCUGUAUGAAGCUGCAUUCUGUGUUUUGCUGCGUUCAGACUGUUGUGCUUCCAGAAAGAAUAAAAUCCCUGUGUUCUAA